AUGCUGCCAGCUCAUGUUGCUGCAGCCUACCCUGUUCCACCAAGGUAUGCCACAAGUGCAGGCGGAUUUCACCUCCACAAAAAUGGAAUUGCUUUUUUUGAGCACAUCCUCAAGACCUAUGCAAAUGGCAAGCAGUGUAGUCUUUUCCUGGUUUAUUCUAUGGCAAAUAGAUAUCUGGAAAAGGCGAGAACUUACUUGAGCCAGAAACCAAGUCAACCUUUUCCAGACUUCUACAGCUACAUGAAUAACAAGUGGCCGCCUAAUGGCGACAACAUUCAGCGGCUCUACCAACAGGCAGAAUAUUCUUCACCACAACCCUACAGUUAUUCAAAUGUCUUGCGCUACACUGAAGAGAUUUGGUCUGUUAGAUUUGAAUGCGGUGAUACAGCAGCUUUUGAUCACACCUUUGCCGCGACAAGGGCAUAUAGAGACAAGAAAUCCAUUGGCAUGAAGUGCUUUGCAGAUUUCAACGAUGGAAGAACUGUCAAAAUUGGUGGCAUCUACGCUGUUCCAACAAAAAAGUUGACAAAGUUGAGUGAUGUAUCCCAUGGGUUGACACAAGCAGUGCCUCGAUUGAAGAAUGUAUUGGUAUUGACAACCAACACCAUACCGCAUGGAGUCCAAUUUGGGAUGCAACUCUUGGGAAGGGAGUCAAGUGCCGCCUUGGGCUGUUUCACUUUUUGGACCACAUGGUUGACACCCUUGAUUCAAAGAGUGAACAUUUCUGGCCUUCUCUUGUGCAGUUGA